AUUCUUCCAUUGAAUGCUUCAGAACUGAGAUCUUUUAAAUGUCACACAAAAUUUGCGUCCUACAGAAUCCGUAUCUAAACCUUAAUUCUUUGUUCAAGUUUUUGCUCCUGGGAUCGACUUGCCUGCAUCAGUUUUUCCUGAUAAUUGUCAGGGAAAGAAUUUGAACCUAGACUGUCAUCUUAUCUUUUGUGGCGUUUGCAGGAAUUUGAUCUAUUAAGUCACUUUGUUGCAGAUUGAUGGGUAAGGAAAUCAUAAAAGUGGCUACGGGUGGAAAAUCAGAUUUAGUUGUUUGUGAUCAAGCUAAUGAUCUUUCUAGCAAACUUUUUGCAAUUGUUGAGUCAGGUAGAGCUAUAAACAACACAAAGGGUGAUGAGAACUCUCAUGAGGAACAAGAAGUGCCUCAUCUUAGAAAUUUAAGUUUGGGUCAGAAUACAGCAGAAAAGAGGCAUAGGACCCAGAAGUCAUUAGUUCAGAAGAAGCCAGCAGCAUCAAGGCCUGCUAAUGCUGGAAAUAUACAAUCUCACCACACUGUUCCUCGACCAUUCUCUCUUGCAACUGAAAAGCGUGCUUCAGGUGGAAAUAGAGCUUUUAUUUCUGAGAGUAACUUACCUCCCAUGACUAGCAAGCCUUUGCAACCUGACAACACAAUUUAUCCAGACAAUGAGGAUUCUUACUCUGUUGCUUCCACUGCACUGUCUGUAAGAACUAUGAGAGGCCGGACAACUGUGGCAACUGCCCCUACUUUCAGAUGUAAUGAGCGUGCAGAAAGGCGGAAGGAGUUCUAUUCUAAGUUGGAACAGAAACACCAGGCUCUGGAAGCAGAGAAAAACCAAUCUGAAGCUAGAAUAAGGGAAGAGCAAGAGGCAGCUCUGAAAGAAUUUAGGAAGAGGUUGACUUUUAAGGCAAACCCAAUGCCUAGCUUCUACCAUGAGGGCCCUCCUCCUAAGGUGGAACUAAAGAAGGUACCUCCUACACGCCCUAAAUCACCCAAGCUCACUCGAAGAAAGAGCCACGGCGAAGCCACCACACCUGAAGGAGAUAACUGCAAUGGAGUAUGCGGUCGGUUUCAUUGUCAUAGCUUGGGCACCAACAUGGAAGCCACAAACAAGUUGCAGAACAGCUCCAAGAAUAUGAAAGGCAAAGAAGGGCUCAAGUCCAAGCCUCUUGCUGGAGUGGGGAUGUGAGGUGUGCUUUUACAUGCUCUUGGAAGCUUACCUCUCACGUCUCACCUCACAAAAAUGACCUCGUACUAUCGAUCUGAGCUGAUGUUUUUGUUUAUUGAUUGACUGUGGCUUUUGAGGACUUUGGACACCGACGGUGCCAUGUUUGAUGCUGUAAAUUCUGUAUCUUAUUUGUAUACGUGUGUAUCAACCUCACAGUUGCUCGGUACUGAAUGGAUUUUAUUUGACUUUGUUAUGUGAAAACCAUGAAUUCUAUGUAAAACAUUUCUUGAUCAUGGAGUUUGUAAUCGACAGACACCUUCAACAA